AUGCCCCCCAAAAUGGCACGCAAAUCAGCACCCGGAAGCGCACAAAAAGGCAGACCUAGCAAGGCCACCGCCGCAACAGCCGGUGGCACCGGCUCACCCGCCAAAGCCCGCAAAACACAAGGAAAAGGAACAACCCAAACCAAAGUCACCAAGGCCUCGAACGUGCAACCGGGUGAUCCUACCCCCCAAGGCCGCCGCAGACGCUACAAGCCUGGCACCGUGGCGCUAAAAGAAAUCCGCAAAUACCAACGCUCCUACGAGCUCCUCAUCGCCAAGCUCCCCUUCGCACGACUCGUCCGCGAAGUUGCGCUCGACCUCCUACCUGCCGACGUGGGCGCCGAGCUGCGCUGGCAAUCGCAUGCAAUCCAGGCUCUACAGGAAGCCGCCGAGGCGUUCCUGGUUCAUUUAUUCGAGGAUACGAAUCUGUGCGCGAUCCACGCCAAGCGCGUGACCAUUAUGCAGAAGGAUAUUCAGCUCGCGCGGAGGAUCCGCGGUGUGUGGGCUGGUUUGGGCUGA